AUGGCAACCGGAUUCCUGAGCGUCAAAGGCGACUCAAUCUUCGAUGAGAAUGGGGAAGGAGUAGUCCUACGAGGAGCUGCUCUAGGAGGAUGGAUGAAUAUGGAAAACUUCAUCACUGGUUUCUCUGGCCACGAAGCCCAACAUCGCGCCGCAAUGCUCCGAGUGUUAGGACCCGAGAAAUACGAAUUCUUUUUCGACAAGUGGCUCGAAUACUUCUUCACGGAGGAGGAUGCAAAAUUCUUUGCCGAACUAGGACUAAAUUGUCUCCGCCUGCCAUUCAACUACCGCCAUUUCGAAGACGAUAUGAACCCGCGCGUACUAAAAGAAGCCGGAUUCAAGCACCUGGAUCGAGUCAUCAACCUGUGCGCAAAACACGGCAUCUAUACCAUUCUCGAUAUGCAUGCCGUACCAGGCGGCCAGAAUCCAGACUGGCAUUCUGACAAUCCAACCGGCUAUGCCGCUUUUUGGGAUUAUAAAGAUCAUCAGGAUCGGACGGUUUGGCUUUGGGAGCAGAUUGCUUUGCGGUAUAGGGAUAAUUCUUAUGUUGCUGGGUAUAACCCUUUGAAUGAACCCUGUGACCCGGAGCAUGUCCGCUUGCCGGCCUUUUAUAAGCGGAUCGAGCAGGCCAUUCGUGCAAUCGAUGGAAAGCAUAUUCUUUGGUUAGAUGGGAAUACGUUUGCCAUGGAGUGGAAGGGGUUUGAUGAGGUUUUGCCAAAUUGUGUUUAUGCUAUGCAUGAUUACUCGUCCAUGGGUUUCCCUACUGGUGAUCGUUAUAAGGGAACGGCCGAACAGAAGGCGUAUCUCGAACGAUCCUACUCGCGCAAAGCACAAUUCAUGACCGAGAACAAGACACCGGUGUGGAACGGAGAAUUCGGGCCGGUCUACGCAGAUCCAGUCUUUGAUGCUGAUGUUGAGACAGUCAAUCAAGAGCGAUAUAAUCUACUCGGUGAUCAGUUACGCAUCUAUGACAAGUACAACAUUAGCUGGUCAAUCUGGCUGUACAAGGACAUUGGGCUACAAGGCAUGAUCUAUACCAGUCCGGAAAGCACAUGGAACAAGACUAUCAAGCCAUUCCUCGACAAGAAGAGAAACUUCUGGCUUGAUAAAUGGGGCCGUCGACCUGCACCGGCUCCUGAGGCUGCUUUGAAGCCUAUGGUUGAUUGGAUUGAUAGUGUUAGCCCUACUGCAAAGGAAACAUAUCCUACGUCGUGGAACACUGAGCUGCAUGUUAUCCGCAAUGUGUUCAAUACCUUUUUGGCGGCUUCCUUUGUGGAUGAGUUUGCUGCGCUGUUCCGGGGAAUGAGUGAGAAGGAUCUAGAAGAGUUGGCUCUGAGUUUCCACUUUAAGGCUUGUGUUCAGCGUGAGGGGUUGAACCGUAUUCUAAGGGACCAUGCACAUGUGUCUAGCUAG